UCACCGGCUCAGUGGAGCUCGAGCAUCCUUGCCAGAGACGAGGAGACAACAGAGCCAUUUUGACCGCUCCGUAGUGUGAAAAAGCGGCCGAGCAUCCACCCAAAACAAACAAACGACCGACCCGGACACCUUCCUCCCUUCCUGGGUCCCUCACUGGCAAGGCCGGGCAGAGGGAGGGUCGGUGGGUGCAAGACACCGUCGGCGGUAACCUCAGCCCUUCCCGUUUUCAUGGAGAGGAGAGGCUGUUAGCAGGGGCAGUGCCAGACCUGGAGGAGACCGGAGGAGGUGGAAGCUGGAUAAUAAAACAGACGAGCACGACAAACUCUACACGUCUCUGCGCGGUAGCAAAACGUUAGUGGCACUGCGGAGACCUGCAGGCCCUACACCUGGGCACUAAAGAAGGCACCCCAGGGUGCUAGGAAGACAGCACCAUGGCAGGGGCCUCUGUAAAGGUGGCGGUGCGUGUCCGCCCCUUCAAUUCAAGGGAGAUUGGAAAAGAAAGCAAAUGCAUCAUUCAGAUGUCUGGAAACACCACCACCAUCGUCAACCCCAAGCAGGCCAAAGACAACAAGAGCUUCAACUUUGAUUACUCCUACUGGUCCCACACCACGCCCGAGGACGUCAAUUAUGCCUCUCAGAUGCGAGUAUACAAAGACAUCGGAGAGGAAAUGCUGCUGCACGCCUUCGAGGGUUACAACGUCUGCAUCUUUGCUUAUGGUCAGACGGGUGCCGGCAAGUCCUACACCAUGAUGGGGAAACAGGAUGUCAAGGAUCAACAAGGAAUCAUCCCCUUGCUGUGUGAAGAUCUUUUCACUAAGAUCAAUGACAACACAGACAACAGCAUGUCCUACUCUGUGGAGGUGAGCUACAUGGAGAUCUACUGCGAACGCGUACGGGACUUGCUGAACCCCAAAAACAAAGGGCACCUGCGCGUAAGAGAACACCCGCUGAUGGGACCCUAUGUGGAGGACCUGUCCAAGCUCGCCGUCACCUCCUACAAUGACAUCCAGGACCUGAUGGACUCUGGCAACAAGGCCAGGACUGUGGCUGCCACCAACAUGAACGAGACGAGCAGUCGCUCUCACGCCGUCUUCAACAUCAUAUUCACCCAGAAACGCCACGACGCCGAGACGGACAACACCUCUGAGAAGGUCAGCAAAAUAAGUUUGGUGGAUCUGGCCGGCAGCGAGAGGGCAGACUCCACCGGAGCCAAAGGGACGAGGCUUAAGGAAGGAGCGAAUAUCAACAAAUCUCUAACCACGCUGGGGAAAGUCAUCUCUGCUUUGGCAGAAGUGGACUCUGGGCCAAAUAAGAAUAAAAAGAAGAAAAAAGUGGAAAGCUUCAUUCCCUACAGAGAUUCAGUUUUGACCUGGCUGCUGAGAGAAAAUUUGGGGGGUAAUUCUCGCACUGCGAUGGUCGCUGCCCUGAGUCCAGCUGAUAUCAACUACGACGAGACCCUCAGCACACUCAGGUACGCAGAUCGCGCCAAACAGAUUCGCUGCAACGCUGUCAUCAACGAGGAUCCCAACAACAGACUGGUGCGCGAGCUGAAGGAGGAGGUGUCACGCCUGAAAGACCUCCUCUACGCCCAGGGCCUGGGCGACAUCAUUGAGACAUAUCGAGCCACUGGUGCUGAGAUAGAGGGUUUGAAAUACCUAUCCGAUAAGAACAAUAACAAUAAAGGCCAAGCUGUGAAUCAAAAGGAUGAUCUCUCCACAGUGACCAAUGCCAUGACAGGGAUGAGUCCCUCUCCGUCUCUGUCAGCCUUGUCCAGCCGCGCUGGAUCCAUCGCCAGUCUUCACGACCGCAUCAUGUUCAGCCCGGGCAGCGAGGAAGCCAUCGAGAGGCUGAAGGAAACAGAGAAAAUCAUUGCUGAACUCAAUGAAACUUGGGAGGAGAAACUUCGCCGAACAGAGGCCAUCAGAAUGGAAAGAGAGGCCUUGCUGGCGGAAAUGGGUGUCGCAAUGCGAGAAGAUGGCGGGACAGUCGGUGUGUUCUCCCCUAAGAAGACGCCUCAUUUGGUGAACCUCAAUGAGGAUCCUCUGAUGUCUGAGUGCCUGCUGUACUACAUUAAAGACGGGAUCACCAGGGUUGGUCGUUUAGACGCCAGCAGCCGUCAGGACAUCGUCCUCAGUGGCCACUUCAUCAAGGACGAGCACUGCACUUUUACUAGUUCUGCCGGUCCGGCGGGAGAAACAUUGGUUGUCCUCGAGCCCUGUGAAGGAGCUGAGACUUACGUCAACGGAAAGAGGGUGACGGAGCCCACUGUCCUCAGAUCAGGAAACCGCAUCAUCCUGGGGAAGAGCCACGUGUUCCGGUUCAACCACCCUGUCCAGGCGAGGGCUGAGAGGGAGAGGACCCCCUGUGCUGAAACACCCGCCGAGCCUGUGGACUGGGCCUUUGCCCAGAGGGAGCUGCUGGAGAAACAGGGCAUUGACAUGAAACAGGAAAUGGAGCAGAGGCUGCAGGAGUUGGAGGACCAGUAUCGCAAAGAAAGAGAGGAGGCCAACAACCUUCUGGAGCAGCAGAGACUGGAUUACGAGAGCAAGCUGGAAGCUCUUCAGAAGCAAGUGGACCGUUAUUACCCUGAAACCACUGAAGAAGAGGAGGAGCCAGAAGAAGAAGUGCAGUGGACGGAGAGGGAGAGAGAGCUCGCUGUGUGGAGCUUUCGUAAAUGGAGGUGCUACCAGUUCACCUCUCUGCGUGACCUGCUGUGGGGGAACGCCAUCUUCCUCAAAGAGGCCAAUGCCAUCAGCGUGGAGCUGAAGAAGAAGGUGCAGUUCCAGUUUGUGCUGCUGACAGACACCCUCUACUCCCCCCUGCCUCCUGACCUGUUGCCCCCGGAAGCAACUAAAGACAGAGAGAAGCGCCACUUCCCGCGCACCAUCGUGGCCGUGGAGGUGCAGGACCAGAAGAACGGAGCCACUCACUACUGGACAUUAGAAAAACUAAGGCAGAGGCUCGAUCUCAUGAGAGAGAUGUACGACCGCGCCGCCGACGUUCCUAACAGCGCCGCCACCGAGGACUGUGAAAAUGUGAUGACCGGAGGCGACCCCUUCUACGACCGCUUCCCCUGGUUCCGUCUGGUUGGCAGAAACCCCAUUUUCAACACAUGCAUGAGCGAGCGCAUGAGUGACCCUACCCCGUCCCCGACCCUCUCCAACUCUGAAAUUACUGAGCUGGCUGACUCGCAGCGGGAGGGUCGAGGGGAGGAGGAGUUGGAGGAGUUGGAGGACCUGGACGAUGAUAUCUUUUUGGACGACCCGUGCUCGGAGCUCGGGGGAGAGGAUGAUGAUGAUGAUGAUGAUGAUGAUGAUGAUGAUGAUGAUGAGGGAGAGCUCUGCCGAGGCUCCAGCGAAGGCCAGGAUCCCUUUUACGACCGCUCACCAUUAUUCAGUGUAGUGGGAAGGGCUUUCGUUUAUCUGAGCAACCUGCUGUACCCGGUUCCUCUCGUCCACCGCGUGGCCAUCGUCAGCGAGAAGGGAGAAGUGAAGGGCUUCCUCCGGGUGGCGGUGCAGGCCAUAUCAGCGGAUGAGGAAGCUCCCGACUACGGCUCAGGAGUGAGGCAGUCAGGCACUGCCAAAAUCUCCUUCGAGGAUCAGCAAUAUGAAAAGUUCCAGUCAGAAUCCUGCUCUGUGGGACUGUCCCGCACAGGGAUCUCCCAGGAGGAGCUUCGCAUCGUGGAGGGGGAGGGGCAGAACGCAGAAAUAGGACCCUCAGCUGAUGAGGUCAACAACAACACAUGUGCGGCUGGUGGAGACGAGCUGGAGAAUCCGCUGAAGGCCACUCUGGACGGUCCGCUGGACGCCCUGGAGCACCUGAGGAUUGGUAAUAUUUUCACCUUCAGGGUAACCGUCCUGCAGGCCUCGAGCAUCUCUGCAGAAUAUGCUGACAUCUUCUGCCAGUUCAAUUUCAUCCACCGCCAUGAUGAGGCCUUCUCUACUGAGCCCCUGAAAAACACAGGCCGCGGCCCUCCUCUCGGCUUCUACCAUGUGCAGAACAUUGCCGUUGAAGUGACUAAAUCCUUUGUUGACUACAUCAAGACUCAGCCAAUCGUGUUUGAGGUGUUUGGACACUACCAGAAACAGCCUUUUCUUCCUCUUUGUAAAGACGUCAUCAGUCCAUUACGUCCCUGCAGAAGACAGUUCCCACGCGUGAUGCCUCUGUCCAAACCAGUGGACUCCGACGACUCGCCGGACCGGGAGAAAUCGCUGGAGCUGAUCCGAUACCUGGUCCCAGAUGUGUUCAAUGGGGCGCUGGUGGACUCGCUGUCAGGCCACGCUCUGUCUGCCGCUGGCUUGGCUGCUUCCUUCCUACUGGAAGCAAACGAGCAAGCUCAGUUGCCUGCUCCACCCACCUCUAUCUGUUCAGUUAUUAAAGCUCAGAAGCCGGUACCUGCCACCAAACUGACAGCCAUGACCCGCCCACAGGCAGGACCCUGCCACUGUAAAUAUGAUCUCAUGGUAUUCUUCGAGAUCUGUGAGCUGGAGGCCAAUGGAGACUACAUCCCUGCAGUGGUGGACCACAGAGGAGGAAUGCCGUGCCAUGGCACAUUCCUCCUGCACCAGGGCCUCCAGAGGAGAAUCACCGUUACUAUCGUACAUGAAUCAGGAGGUGACAUGGAGUGGAAGGAAGUCCGUGAGCUUGUUGUGGGACGUCUCCGCAACACCCCUGAAGCGGAUGAGACCAUCAUCGACCCCAGUAUUCUGUCCCUCAAUAUCUUGUCUGUUGGGUAUGUCAGGCCCAUGCAAGAUGACAGACAGUUUCUUGAUUCGGACAUGCCUAGGACCUUCUUCCGCUUCGAGGCGGCGUGGGAUAGCUCCAUGCACAAUUCUCUGCUACUAAACCGAGUCACUCCGUACGGGGAGAAAAUCUACAUGACCCUCUCGGCCUAUCUGGAGAUGGAGAACUGCACCCAGCCCGCGGUCAUAACCAAAGAUAUCUGCAUGGUGUUUUACUCACGAGACACAAAGCUCUCGGCCUCCCGCUCUAUUCGCAACCUCUUUGGUACCGGAAGCCUGAGAGCGGCAGAUGGUAACCGUGUAACUGGAGUUUAUGAGGUCAGCUUAUGUCACCUGGCAGAUGCAGGAAGCCCAGGUAUGCAGAGGAGACGCAGGCGGGUGCUGGACACCUCCGUGGCCUACGUCCGUGGGGAGGAGAACUUGGCUGGAUGGAGGCCCCGCAGCGACAGCCUCAUUCUGGACCACCAGUGGGAGCUGGAGAAACUCAGCCUCCUUCAAGACGUGGAGAAGACCAAACAUUAUCUUUUGUUGAGAGAGAAACUGGAGUCCACCCUGCUCGUGGGCCAGGACUCCCUGCAGUCCUGUGUCACUGAGGAGCUGAGUGAGUCUCCUCAGCCCCCCGAGGUCGACCAGGAGGUCGGCAGCUCCAGCUCUGAAAUCACCACGGAGAGGCAGAGGGAGCUCGCCGCCAAGUGUUUGAGGCUCCUCACUCACUCCUUCAACAGAGAAUACGGCCACGUCUGUGUCAGCGCCAGUGAAAGCAAGAUUUCAGAGAUGUCUGUCACAACACUAAGAGACUCCACUUCAAUCUCUGCUCUCAACACAAUCACACCCUCCUCAACAUGCCCGUCACUGGUUGAGGGUUGCUACGGCAACACUGAACUCAGACCACCUAUGCCCCGCUCGCGUGCCGUCAGUCCCGGUCCUGACACACAGCAGGACGCAGAGGCCAAGAAGUCCCUCAACGGAGCCUCUGACGCCAAGCCUCGCACCCGCAAGUUUGUCCCCGACAUCCAGGAGAUUAGAGUCAGCCCCAUUGUGUCAAAGAAGGGUUACAUACAUUUCUUGGAGCCGCACACCAACGGGUGGGUGAAGCGCUACGUUGUGGUGCGGCGGCCGUACGUCUACAUCUACAACACAGAGCGAGACACCGUGGAGCGGGCUAUUCUCAACCUCUCCUCGGCUCAGGUGGAGUACAGCGAGGACCAGCAGGCAAUGCUGAAGACCCCAAACACAUUUGCUGUGUGUACAGAGCAUCGUGGAAUAUUGCUUCAAGCCACUAAUGACAAAGAGAUGCAUGACUGGCUGUAUGCGUUUAAUCCUCUCCUUGCUGGAACUAUCAGGUCAAAGCUGUCGAGAAGACGAGCCGGACAGAUGAGGAUGUGAAACAACACUAUGAACAAAUUUCACGAGAGACGGAUGAACGCAAAGACUUCUAUGUACAUAGAUCCUUGUCCCUAUCCCUCCCCCCUGUGCUGAGCCCCCGUCCCCGUCCCCCCCCCCUCACCACCACCACCACCAACAACAACAACGACAACAACCAUCUUUCCCCUGUACGCUCUCAGUUUAUCACUAGUGUCCUCGGCACCUAAAGCGCCCAUUUUGUGUCAGGCCUUGCUGCGGUGUGAGUCUCGUAGUCUGAAGAACCUCUUCAAAAAGCUGUCACUGUACUGUACUGGAGUUUAUUCAUAGCUGGAUGGAUGAAGAAAAAUGGAGGAAGUAGCAACAGUUUCUUAUCUCAGAUUACAUACGUAUGGUAAUGUACUGUAGUUGUUGUCAGUGACACAUCAAGCCUUAUACAUUUAUUCCCUAAAAAAAAAAAAAAAAAAAAAAAAAAAAUGCAGUGACAUUUAUCUUACUUAAAGCUGCCAUGUCAGUGAGGAUCACACUGCUACAUUUGCAUCAGUAAAUAGGCAAACAUGCAGAUUCUUCUCUACUCUGCUCUACAGCUAUAUAUACAGUGUCUAAACAGGUUUGCAUACAACAUACAGCUAGAAAAUACACGCUAAAAGAAAAAAAAAUGACAGUUGAGUGUAACUCUUCAGAAUAUUUCUCUCUUCUUUCUGGUCCAUGACUCCUGACAUUGAGUAAUCUGCCUCCUAUCCCUAAAACUACUUAGAAACUUUAGCACACACACAGCCUGGCAAGGGAAUGGCAUAUCAACAUAAACUUCAUGUUCUUGUGGCAUUUUGAUAAAUCCAUGUCGUUUUAGCUACUUGUAGGAGCACUGUGGGUAUCUACAUUCACACCUUAAGUAAUCAAAUAUCAUCCCAUUAAUCCUCCAGAUUUACUCUCAUUCUCUACCUGAUUUUUGUUUUAAAAUGUGAUAUAUUUAGAUAUUUAACAGCUUUAUUAUUUAUUUCUGCAUGUAUUUAUUUACAAAGACAUUUAUAUUUCUAAAGUAGUAGUACCGUGCAAUUUCUGCACACUGCACUUUUUAAUAUAAGUUCCUUAAAUGUUUGAACAAUACAACCUUGUCCCCAUGCAAUUAAUGCUACUGAAACAAUUUAAUAACUUUAUGAUUGGCCAGUUUCAUUACCUGAUUGCCUGACUAAUAAUAUCCCCUUUAAGAUUAGGACACACCUGACCAACUAACAUAAAUCUGACAAGAUCAAUAUACUAGGUAGAGAAUAUUAAGGUGGUCUGUCCGUUCACAACUGCACAAAACUACCUUGUUAAAUGAUCAAAAGUAUAAACUGUUCCUCACAGUACAGAAUGAGAAACUGUCUGAAUGAAAUGUAUAUUGAUUUAAUGUAGUGCCUCUCUUUUCAGUCAUACUGUAUAGGCGUACUGUACAGGAUGCCUCUGCACCAGUUGCUUUGAAUCUACAUCCUUCAUGCUGCUAUAAUACUGUUCUGGAAGUGUCUGCAGAUAAUAUCAUCACUCUCCUGCUUUUCAUCAUCAUCAUCAUCACUUACAUACUCAGACAACACAUCUCAUUUAAUGGUAAUGUUAGAUUUCUAAUAUGGCAGUCACAUGUCAUAUAAUACGUAAAUUUCCAUAACACACAUUAUACUUAUAAUUUUUUAUAUAUGCAAAAAAGAAAAACUUGUAUGGAUUGAAGCAUUUGACUAUAUUUGUAAAACAAUUCUGCUUUGAAUGGAGGAAAAAAAAAAAACAACCCCAUGCUGCUGACAGUGUCAAUGUCACUCCUGUUCUUUUUUUUACCAACUCCUUCAGCUGCUGUGCGUUUUCAUUAGCAUCUCAGCCUGAUGGAUGAGCAUGCCUCAGGUCAGCCAGCCUGUAGAGCAUGCUCCAUGACAGUAGAGACAUGUCACUUGUGUAUGAGGCCAGCAUCUCAAAGCAUUUAACCUUUACAAAAGACCUCAAGAAAUAUUCCCUUUUCUUUGUGUGUCAGUUCGCUACGUUUGUAUUUCUGAUUCUAAUGUAAUCCAUACAAUAGAUUAAUCUGCUAAAAGUGUAUUUCCUGAGAUUGGAAAGUAUUCUGUGUGUUGUGGACAUGCUUUGAAGUUAUCCAAUCAAAACAUUUUACAAUCUUACAUGUGUAUACAACUGUCAGUAGUCGUAAGUUAAUCAAACAGUCAAAUGUCUGUUCAUAUGUUUUGUUUGUUGUGUAAGACGUUGGGGCGAUCAAUGUAGUGAUCAAAGUCUAUCCCAGACUUUCUUGGCAGAGACUACAGUUGUAUUUUAUCCAGCUAUAGCAUCGUCAUUGAGGGAACACCUGUUGCACUGUACAUUACACUGUCUCAACGCUCAUUUCUGUCUUGAUUUCCUCUAAACCCAAUUUUAAAAUGUGAGCUCCAGUCUGAUCUCAAUGUUGAGAUUAUUCCUCUUGUUUUCAUUGGGCCUUUUUAAUGUGCAUCACAUUUGAGCCAACCAAAGUUUUGUUGGUGCAGUCACACACACAGACACACACACAAAAAAAAAAUCACACUGAAUGUACAUCAAUAUUUGAAAAUACUUAUUCUGCUGGAGUGGUUGUGUUAACUUGUGUUCUGGAUUCACAGUCUGGUUCCUUAUUGAUUGUAGUUAGGUUAUUAUCGAGGAACCAUAUGGGACAUACCUGUAAUUAUCUGUCCACCCAUGUGUGGGAGGAUGUAAUAGGUUCAUUAUGGCCCUGUUAGAAAUUGCAUCUUGUACAGAGUAAUGCUGUAGGUUAUCUUACCGUCACACGUUCACUCUGAUUUCAGUAUCUACCUUCACCAUCAUGCUCUGACAGCCUUCACAAAAUCUACUUUUUCUAAUCCCUCCCUUUUUUUGAAGGAAUAUCAUUUGCAUUUUUGUGCUUCUACAUCUAAUCUUUUUUUUUUUUUUUUUCUCGCACUAUCAAAUUAUUUUGCAUUGUACAUAAACAUGAUUGCUGUGAACAUUGUAUUAUAAAGUUGCACCCAUUUACAAAAUCUUAAAUGGGCAGUAGUUCAGUCAGUGUCUCUGAGUGUUGGAGUUUAGCGUCAAAUGUUUGUGUACACUAAACACAUUGUCAUAUAUUAAAUAAACAUGGAAAUUAUGCAACACAAA